AUUUUCUUUGUGUUUUAUUUUUAAAUUUAGAUAAAAAUUAUAAAUUCUUCUACAAUGUAAAUUUCCUAAUGGAAAGCUUUUUAGUCUUGAAUAAUUUUAACCAUAUUAAUUGCUUAUCAGAUAACAAUGUUUCCUAUGAUAGUAUGAACGUUAAUCUUGACACUAAUAAUAACAUUGCUAAUAAUGUUAAUAUUACGAAUAACAGCUUGAAUGCAAAUUUUCAAAGAGAGAGAUCCAAAAUAGUUUCUCAAUUAUCAAAUAGAUUAAAACUCCUCGAUUAUAAAUUAAACUACAUAAGCUGUGAGCUGAAAGAUAAUAAUGAAUUUAUUAAUAAUCUCAAUGAUUUGGAUGAUGAUUUAAAAGAAUUUAUAAAUCAAUUUAGAAUUAAUAUUGAUGAAAUUAAAAAAAUAUCAAUACGAAGAAAUAAUUCAGUUCCAAUUAACAUCGAGGUAUCACAAAAGAGAAUUGUCAAUAAAUACAAAAGACUAUCAUUACCUUUAAAGUUGAGUAAUAAUAACAAAAACAUUUCAAAAAACAAAACCCAGUUGAAAUCAGAAGAAAAUAAGAAUAAUAAACCGCCACAUAGAAGGGCUUAUUCAAGAUUGAGUGAUGGAUUGCAUUUUCCAAUACUAUCUAUCGUUGAAGAUAAAAACAAUGAUGAACAUGAUAAAUUGAGUAAAACAUCAAACAAAGAAAAAAUUGUUAGUUUUGAUGAUAACUAUGUCAAUUCAUAUAGUUUAAAACCAUAUUUUGAAAAAGAAAUAAGUAGUGACAAUACAUUAAUGAUACCAAAGGAAAACUAUUCAGUUCAAAAAUUCGAGACUGACUAUGACAAUGAAACCAAAGAAAUGGGCGAUAAUGAAAGCAGUGAUGAUUCCAACAACCAAUUGUCACCAGAGGAAUUGAAAAUAAAAUUAACUAAAACUUUUUCAAAGUUUAUUGAGUCUACAGAAAACAAGAAAAAAGACAAAGUGAAAAGAAAAUUAAAUGAAAAGAGAUUUUCUCGGAUAGCAAACUCAGAGAGAGACAAUAGCUUUGAUUUAAUUUCUGAAUUGAAGAAUGUCUUGAGUUUUACCAACAAUACUGCCAAUGGUGCUGCUGAUGGAGUUCUCAGCAGUAUGGCUAGAGAGAGCCACAAAAUCCUUGAUGUUUCAAGUGACAACUAAUUUUUAUAAUCUAUAGGGUGUAAUGUACAUUAGUUUUUUUGCGAAACAUGGCAAUAUCCCAGAAGCAGCAGAAAC